GGGGUGAAUCUGUAUGUGAAGAACUUGGACGAUAGCAUAGAUGACGAGAGACUCCGGAAGGAGUUUGCCCCUUAUGGCACCAUCACAAGUGCCAAGAUUGGCAGACAUUUUUCAAUACUUAUGGCUCACAAAGUCAAGUCCCCUUCAGCUUUUUGUCUUCAGGCAUUCAGGUUUCAAGUCAUGACAGAUGGCUCCCAAAGCAAGGGCUUUGGCUUUGUCUGUUUCUCUUCACCCGAGGAAGCAACAAAAGCAGUAACUGAAAUGAACGGGAGAAUUGUUGCAACCAAGCCACUGUAUGUGGCUCUGGCUCAGCGAAGGGAGGAGCGUAAAGCCAUCCUGACCAAUAAAUACAUGCAGAGACUUGCUACCUUGAGGAGCAUGACAAGUCCGAUCAUUGACUCCUACCAGCAGGCUGGAUACUACAUGACUGUACCACAGCCUCCCACUCGCUCCUUCUACAACCACAAUGCUGUCAGCAACAUGAGACCAGUCCCUCGUUGGACAGGACAACCACCGAGACUACAGGGCCCCUACACAACCCAGUUCGUUGGUAGUUCUGUUCCUCGACGUGGAACGAACCCUAUCGCUACAGUCAGACAGGCUUCCACCCAGGCUCCACGCAUCAUAAGCUCCACACAAAAGACAAAUAACAUCGGGACCCAGACUGUAGGAGGGCGUACUGACAUGCCUGGUGGGACCAGAAGCAGCCAGUACAAGUACGCGUCUGCAGUAAGAAACGUCCAGCAGGUCAUUACUAUACCUGCACCCAUGACAAGAGUGCAGGUUGUUCCUGCACCUAUGAUGGAGCAGCUGGUGCACAUUCAAGCCCAAGAGCCGCUCACUGCCUCAAUGUUGGCUGCAGCUCCUCUCAUGGAUCAGAAACAGCUUCUUGGGGAGCGAUUGUACCCACUGAUCCAUGCCCUUCACCCAAACUUGGCUGGAAAAAUCACUGGGAUGCUGCUGGAGAUAGACAACACGGAGCUGCUGCACAUGCUGGACUCGCCCGAGUCCCUUCAGUCUAAGGUGGAUGAGGCGAUCGCUGUCCUGCAGGCUCACCAGGUGAAGGAAUGCUCUCCUAAAAAGUGAAGAGCCCUUUCAGAUGUCAAGACUUUCUGGAGGGGGGGGGGGGGGGAGAAAAAAAAGUAAAAUUUAGAGAAAGAAAUGUUCUGUGGUUAAAAUUUGUAAAGUUAAAGUUAUUUUGUUGUUGCAAGACCUUUUGUUAGAAGAUAAAGUUUACAGUUUAUGCAUUAAA